AUGGCUCAGGUGUGUGGACUGGGCCUGCCACUGGUGCUGCUGGUGCUGCCCAUGGUUGGCACCUCUAUGCCGGGCACUGUGGUCAGACUCAACAAGGCUGCACUGAGCUACGUGUCUGAAAUCGGGAAAGCUCCUCUCCAGCGGGCCCUGAAGGUCACUCUCCCGUAUUUCCUGGACAGGAGUGGAGAGGUGCUCCAGCCCAUCAGGAUCCAGAUUCUGAAUGUCCACGUACUUCACUUCCAUCUGAAAUUCAUUGCUGAUUUUGGGGUACGCUUACUGGGAGCAUCCAAAUUUGAUUUCAAGGUCUUUCGGGUCCCAGAGCCCUUGGAACUGACAAUGCCCGUGGUACUGCUGGCUGAUGUGCGUGUGGCCCAGGGUCCCAUCCAGACCCCCAUGGUCAGCAUCUCUGCUUGCUCCUCAUUUUUUGGCAAUAUCAGCACACUUGAUGGCAGCAACAGCUCCUCCCCUGCACUGCUGGUCCUCUUGCAGAAGCACAUUAAAGAUGUCUUGAGGAACAAGCUGUGCCUGAGCAUCUCCAACCUGGUGCAGGCCCUCAAUGUCCACUUGGGCACUUUAAUUGGUCUCAACCCUGUGGGCCCUGAGUCUCAGAUUCGCUAUUCCAUGGUCAGUGUGCCCACCAUCACUAAUGACUACAUUUCCCUGGAUAUCAACGCUGUGCUCUUCCUGCUGGGAAAGCCCAUCAUCCUACCUGUGGACACCACUCCCUUCAUGUUGCCAUACCAUGUGGGCACCAAGGGCACCAUGGCAACUGUGGGCCUCUCCCAGGACCUGUUUGACUCUGCCCUCCUGCUGCUGCAGAAGGCUGGGUCCCUCAACCUGGACAUCACAGGGCAGCUGGACUCAGAUGACAACCCACUGAAUACUUCUGCACUGGGCCAGCUUAUCCCAGAGGUGGCCCAUCAGUUUCCUGAGUCCAUGCCUGUGGUGCUCAAAGUGCGGCUGGGUGCUACGCCCAUAGUCACACUCCAUACCAACAAUGCCACACUGCGGCUGCAGCCCUUCAUCGAAGUUCUGGCUGCAGCCUCCAACUCGGCCUUCCAGUCCCUCUUCUCCCUGGAUGUGGUAGUGAACCUGAGCCUCCAGCUUUUUGUGUCUAAGGUGAAGCUUCAGGGGACCACAUCUGUGCUGGGGGAUGUCCAGCUCACUGUGGCCUCCUCCAAUGUGGGCUCCAUUGAUAUGGAUCAAGUGCACACCCUGAUGGGUGCCGUGUUUGAGAAGCCCCUGCUAGACCACCUCAAUGCUCUCCUGGGCCUGGGGAUUGCCCUCCCCAAUUUAGUCAACCUCCACUAUGCUUCCCCCAAGGUCUUUGUCUAUGAGGGCUACGUCGUGGUAUCCAGUGGACUGUCCUACCAGCACUGA